AUGAAACUUGAGGGCCAACAAAAAGAUUUGUUUCUCGCAUGGGGUAUAUUCCAAAUUACAAGAGCUUUAUCAUUUUUCAACAAUGAUGGCAACAUGAGACACAAUAAUGUUUGCCUUUACUCAGUAUUUGUCACAUCUGCUGGGGAGUGGAAACUUGGAGGAUUUGAGUUUCUUACAGCCCAAGGACAAGAUACCUCGAGUCCAAUACCUAUUAAAAUAUUACCAGCUCUUGAAAUAUAUGACCCACCUGAAAAAAAGGAUCCUACCAAGUUGAAGUCAGUUACAAAAUGCUCAACAGACAUGUGGGGAUUGGGCUGCCUAAUUUGGGAAGCAUUUAAUGGACCACUCAUGAACCAGCCCUCACUUAAGACAGUUGAUCUUAUACCAAAGCAGCUUUGCACAUUAUACUGUGAGCUUGUUAGUGCCAAUCCUGCAUCUAGACCAAAUCCAGCAGAUAUCAUAACUAGAUGUCGAAAACUCGGUGGCUAUUUCAAAAACGACCUGAUAGACACAAUGUUAUUCCUAGAAGAAAUUCAAAUAAAAGAUAAAGUUGAGAGGGCAAAAUUUUUCUCCACUCUCAGUUCAUAUUUGGACAACUUCCCAGAGGCUGUUUGCAUCAACAAAAUUCUGCCUCAAUUGUUGACUGCUUUUCAUUAUGGUGAUGCGGGAUCUGCUGUCUUAGCGCCAAUGUUUAAGUUGGGCAAACUUCUGGGCGAAGAGGACUACCAAAAGCAAAUCGUGCCGUGUGUUGUCAAGCUGUUCGCGUCCAACGAUCGCACUACUCGCUCCCGUCUGCUGCAGCAGCUGGACCAGUUCAUCGUGCAUCUGCAGAAUACCACUGUGAAUGAUCAAAUUUUCCCCCAAGUCGUGCACGGAUUCUUGGACACCAAUUCCAUUAUACGGGAACAAACUGUAAAGUCGAUAAUCCAUUUAGCUUCAAAACUCAACUACAACAAUCUGAACGUGGAAGUGCUCAAACACUUCGCCAGGCUACAAUCCAAAGACGAUCAGGGCGGCAUAAGGACGAACACGACGGUGUGCCUGGGCAAGAUAGCGGCGCACCUGCACCCGCAGAUCCGCCAGAAGGUGCUCGUGUCCGCCUUCGUGCGGGCGACACGGGACGCGUUCCCGCCGGCGCGGCAGGCGGGCGUGCUCGCGCUGGCCGCCACCCAGCAGUACUUCCUGCUGGCGGAGGUCGCCAACCGCGUGCUGCCCGCCCUGUGCCCCCUCACCACGGACCCAGAGAAGCAGGUUCGGGAUGCAGCGUUUAGGACAAUUAGGGGCUUCCUCGGGAAACUGGAGAAAGUGUCGGAAGACCCAAGCCUGAAAGAGGGAAUGGAGGCGGACGUGCAUACGGCGACGCCGUCGCUUAGCAACGCGGCGGCCACGUGGGCCGGCUGGGCGGUCACAGCCGUCACCGCCAAGUUCUACCGCUCCCACUCUGACACGGCGAAAGUGCAGCACUCGGUCAAGUCGGCCCUCUCGAAGCCCGGCUCGUUGGAGCAACCGUCAUCGAGCAGUAUGUCGACGACGACGUCAUCGGUGACCUCGAUGACGUCAUUGGAACGCAGCGAGUCGGCGUCGGACUACGAUCCCGAUCACUGGGACAUGACCGCGUGGGGCGAGAUAGACUCCAGCGCAGGCACGGGCGCGAGCGCCAAGUCGCCGCCCAGCAGCGACAGCGCGCAGGCGACGCCCGGCCUAGGCGCGCUCUGCGAGGACGACUGGGAAGGCGAUUGGGGCACGCUGCAGGAGCAACCGAGCGCCGAAGCGGAGCUCGCUAGCCCAUCGGAGACGUGGAACAACCAGACCUGGUCGGAGGCGGUGAUGAUGGCGGGGAACAGCGCGAACGCGACCUACGUGCGAGGCCCCUCCCGCCCCACAGCCCACCAAAACAGCAGCGACUCGCUAUGCGGCUGGGAGGACGGCGAAUUCGAGCCGAUAGAGGAGAACGCGGAUGAGAACAACGCGUCUAAAAUGGAGGAGAUGCGACGGAAGCGCGAAGAGAGGAAGCUGCAGCGGCAGAGGGAGAUGGAGGCUAGGCGCAGCGCACGUGGCCAAGGGCCCAUGAAGCUAGGCACCAAGAUCAACGCGCCCCCACCCUUC